AUGCUGCAUCGGUCCACCCGCAGUUCGUUGAGCGCCGCUCGACGCGGUUUCGCAACGAAGCGGACUGCCAGCCUGCAGGAUCGUCUAGUGGCUCUCUGUCGUCAUCGCGGCUUUGUCUUCCCAGGAUCGGAGCUGUACGGCGGCCUGGCCAACAGUUUCGACUAUGGACCGCUCGGUGUCCUCAUGAAGAAGAACGUGAUCGACCGCUGGUGGUUCGAGUUCGUGCAGAAACGUCCGAAUUGCGUGGGCCUCGACAGCGCCGUGCUGCUCAAUUCGGCGGUCUGGACGGCUUCCGGCCACGUCGACAACUUCACAGACCCCAUGACGGUCUGUUCAAGCUGCCACUCACGAGUCCGCGUGGACCAACUGCUGGAGUCGAAGCUAGAGACCCAAGAGGAGGUCGACGCCGUGGCCACAUUGUCGCUAUCCCAGAUGGACGAUCUGCUUACAGAGCACAACGUCGCGUGCCCCAAUUGUGGCAAAACCGACAGCUUCCAGCCAGCCAAGACGUUUAAUCUGCUUUUCCGCACCAACAUGGGGGCGACCGACGAGACGUGCGACUGGAUCUACCUCCGUCCGGAGACGGCACAGGGCGCCUACAUCAACUUUGCCAACGUGCAGAGCACCAUGAGGAAGAAACUGCCGUUCGGUAUCGGCCAAGUGGGGAAGAGCUUCCGCAACGAGAUCUCACCUGGCCACUUUUUGUUCCGCACGCGCGAGUUCGAGCAGCUGGAGCUGCAGUUCUUCACGCACCCGAACGAGUCGGACGACUGGUAUCUUUACUGGGUGGACCAGUGCUACGACUUCUUGACCAAGUACGGCAUCAAGCCCGAGAACCUGCGAAAGCACGAACAUGCACCAGAGGAGCUGGCACACUACGCACGCGCCACGACGGACAUUCAGUUCAAGUACCCGUUCGGUUGGAGUGAGCUGUGGGGCAUUGCGAACCGCACCAGUUACGACCUCAAGAAGCACAUGGAUGCAAGUGGAAAGAGCCUCACGUAUCAGGACCUCGUGGCUAAGGAAGAAUUUCUACCACACGUCAUCGAGCCGGCGCUCGGAGCUGGACGUGUCAUGCUCUCUAUGCUGUUGGAUGCCUACGAUGAAGAGGAAGUGAACGGCCGCGAACGUACCGUGCUGCGUUUGCAUCCGGACAUUGCGCCGUACCGUUUUGCUGUGCUGCCACUUGUGAAGAAGGAACCGCUGCUGGAUGUGGCGCAAAAGCUUUUCGAGGAUUUGUGUGGAAGUGCUAGUGUCGACUACGAUGUGACUGGCAGCAUUGGUCGCCGUUACCGUCGCCAGGAUGAGAUCGGUACGCCCAUGUGCUUAACUGUGGACUUCGAUACUCUGGAGGACAAGUGCGUGACAGUUCGAGACCGCGAUAGCAUGGAGCAGAAGCGCGUGCCCAUUGAACAGAUUCUGCAAGGCACGUCAGUCGAGCAUUCCAGUUUCUCUUCCUUCUAA